AUGACGCGAGCGGCGCAGAUCGGUACGUAUGUGGAGGCAGAACACGACGUUGCCCUGCGCGGACGGCGUCUGCCUGUCUCCCACACGAUGUGGUCUGUUCGAGUGGCGAGUCGUCCCUUGGCGCGUGCUGCACGUACGUUGCCGCGUACACAAGUGUCAUGGACGCGCAUGAUAGCCUCUCGUACGGCCUCCUUGCCACUGGAAGCAAUGCCGGUGCCAUGUGUCGACCAACACGAGCUACGUGAGCGUCGUGUGAAGGCAGACUUCCAACGUUUGGAGUCGGGCGAGAUGGACGAAGAAAAAGAGAUUCUGGGCCCGGAGCCCUCGUAUACCAAAGUUGUAUCUGGCUAUGAACUGUUUACAUACGAAAACGACUUCCCACUGGACUAUGGCAGUACGUUGCCUGGCUUCCAAAUUGCGUACGAGACAUGGGGCACAUUGAAUGAAGCACGCGAUAAUGUCAUUUUGCUGCACACAGGUCUCUCCGCGAGCUCGCAUGCGGCAAGUACACCGGAAAACACGGCCAAGGGAUGGUGGGAAGAUUUUAUUGGGCCCGGCAAGGCGCUUGAUACGAACAGGUUUUUUGUGAUCUGCACCAAUGUGCUGGGCUCGUGUUAUGGCAGUACAGGCCCGUCUACACCGCACCCGUUGGACGAAACGGGGUCACCUUAUGCGACGCGGUUCCCUGUUUUAAGCAUCUUUGAUAUGAUCCGUGCGCAGUUUCUUCUGCUUGACCAUCUGGGCAUUGAUCAAGUCUAUGCAAGCGUAGGCUCCAGUAUGGGCGGCAUGCAGAGUGUGGCCGCCUCGCAUUUGUUCACAGACCGCGUACAGCGCGUGGUGAGUAUCAGUGGGUGUGCUCGCAGUGCCCCCUCGGGUAUUGCGCUACGCUAUGCGCAGCGCAGCGUACUCAUGUCAGACGAGAACUGGAAUCGUGGCUUCUACUAUGGGCCUGACAAGGCACCGCCCCACAAGGGUAUGAAGCUCGCACGUCAGAUCGCUACCAUCACCUACCGAUCGGGACCGGAGUGGGAGCAGCGCUUUGGCCGGCAGCGUCGGUCGUUGCUGCGCGAUGGCGAGUCUGUUUCGCUUCGUGCGCCUGCCCUAUGCCCUGAUUUCUUGGUGGAGACGUACUUGGAUCACCAAGGCGAGCAGUUCUGCUUGAAAUACGAUGCGAACUCGCUAAUCUAUAUAUCCAAGGCCAUGGACCUGUUUGACAUGACGGACGAGGCGCUCUCCGAGCUUGGUGAGACGCGGAUGUUGGCUCAUGGCGACGAUGGUCACCUGCCUAUUGAGCCGAUGAAGCAUGUGCGUCCUCGGACGCGGCCGCAUAUUACGACGAUCAAGCAUCCUGGUGCGCAUGCAUACGUCCCCGCCUUGGCGCGAGGUCUGAGUCGUGUGCAGGUGCCUGUCCUGAUCAUUGGCGUGCAAAGUGAUAUCCUGUUCCCUGUGGAGCAGCAGCGGGAGAUGGCUGAGUGUAUCCGCAUGAACGGGAAUCCCAACGUGAUGUACUAUGAAAUUGACGCGCCGCAUGGCCACGACAGUUUCCUAAUCGACGUGGCCAACGUCGGCGGUGCUCUGAAGGGAUUUUUGAACUAA